AUUUUUUUUGUUGAGAAUUGUCUUGUUUCAAUCACACAGUAUUGUUCAUAAUUUUAUAUAGGUGGUUCAGUUUUGAUUUAUCGCCUGCGAAAUAAAAACCGUAAACGAUAGCAUCGAUUGAAACGCGAAAAAAACGAGAAUAAACAGUGUUUCGAUGGCUAUUUAUUGAGUUUUUUUUAUGGAUUAAAGUUUCGUGUUCGAAAUUCGAUUUGCAACCUCACCAAGAAUUUUUUUUCCUUUCUUUUCGUGUGAUUUUCUCUGUAUUCAUUCAAGUGUGAGUGAAUAUUUUUUGUUGUUAUUGACCAAUUGAAGUGCAUAUAGGAAGAAAGAAUUCGUGUUAAGAAGUUAUUUUUUUUUCCUGAUUACUGAUUUGGAGUUUUUAAAAUGUGCGCAUCGUUCUACAUACAUCGUCACAUUUGCAAGACAUAGAAAUAAAAAUUGUUAUGGGAAUAUGAUUGUGGUCGAUUUUAAUAUAGAAAAAACUUCAAAGCAUAAAACUAUAUACAACACACCAAUUAAUAGUUGAACAUCUCGCUGUGCAGUGUGGAAAAUAAGAGUUUAGACAAGAAUGAAAAUCUUUUUUUCCUUCAAUUUCACGGUGGAAUUUUUUAUAUAGUGUAAACGAAGUGCAUUAUUACAGAAUUGAUUUGGCUUUAAGAAGAAGAAGUGUUUUGUUGCACCGUUUCAAAUAAGUCUGAUGAAAUUUCUUCUUGUGCAGUGAAUAAUACACAUUGAAAGAAUCGAAAUAAAAGUCAGUUUGCAACAACACAGAAUAAUUAACGCAAUACAGACGAAAAACAUAUAUCUUCAUUGAAUGUUUGUAUUUUCGUUUCUAUUUUAAUAAUAAUUCACGACGAUUUAUAUACGCUAUAAAAAUACGAUAAAUACAUUCUGAAAUUCAAUAUUUUAGUUUCGAUUCAGUUUGAACAUAUUUUCGAUCGGUUCGAUAUACUCUCUCUCUCUAUCUCUCUCUGUUUCUACCCUGUGCCUCGUGUAUGUGUCUGAGUGUGUUUGUGUAUUAAGUUUGUUUGCUUAAAUAAUACAAUAAUUUUUAUUUUGUUCUUCUUUAUUUGGUUUGGCUAAAGUGCAAUUUGCCAAAAAAAGAAUAGAUAAAAGAAGAAGAAGAAGAAAAAACGAAGUUUUGUAAUUUUGUGUUCAACGCAAUAUUAAGUGAGAUAGGCUGAAUCACGAAAACCCCAAUCUGAAAUCGAAUUAAAAGUUGAAUACCAUACAUACAACAAAAGGGUAAAACUGUGAAUAAAAAGAAGAAGAAGAAGAAGAACCCAUCAAGAAGAGAGAAAAAAACGAAUUCGAUAAAGAGAAAAAAAGAAGAAAAAAAAUCGAAAACGAAAAACAUUGCACAAAAAUCAUAGAACACAUACAUAAAUAUAAACGUAAAUUACGUCCACACACAUGCAAAUACAUUGACGUACAAGUACACAUGCAAAAAAACGGAUUCAGUUCAGUGCUCAUUCAGUGUGUCAUUGUUGUUGGUGCGAGUGUAUUUAUGUGUGUGAGAGAUAGUCUCGAAACAGUCACAAACAGUAACCGUAUACAGUGAGAGUGAGUGAAAGAGAGCGCGCGAUAGAGACAGUGAAAAACGUCAUAUUUCGUCACACAGCGACUGAGUUCACAUCGAUAUAGUGUGAGAAAGAGAGAACCCAAAGAGUGUGUAUCUGUGUUAAUAAUAUUGUUCGUGAGUGUGUGUUGAAGCGCAAUACGGUUCGUCAUUCUGUGUAGACAAGCAUUUCAGCUGACAUAAAAAAAGAAGCAGAACGAGAGAAAUAAAAAACGAAACACACAAGUAAACGACAACAACAAAAAAACCUACUAGCAAGCGUUGAAGCCAAACUAUGUCUUCUUCGCAAACCAAUGCAACAGCAGUAAAUCAUCAUCAUCAUCAACAUCGAAAUAAUAAUAAAGCCAAUGCAAAAGUCGUACAGAAAACGACUAGCGAAAGUCUCCGGUUAUCAAUGAAUAGCAAUUGUAUUGACGGUGGUAAUGUGGUGGCAAAUGGAAAUACAAACAGCAGUAGUGGUUUAACUACAAACGUUGUCGGUUCAAUAUUGAAUUCAGCCCAACAUCAACAAAUUGUUUUACCCCCAUCAUCAGCAACGCUAUUAAUGACAAACAAUGGAAAAUUUCAAACAAAUUCCAGUGCAACAACGGCAGCCUACGUAAAUUUGCCCGAUAUUAAUAUGGAUUUGAAACCAAAAACAUCAUCAUAUCAAAUCACAUCGAUAACAGUUGGUACGAGAACGAGUGCCGAUGAAGAUUCAGCUGACGAUUUAGACGAAUCUCAUACGACAGACGAAAAUAGCCGAAUCACCGAUAUGGAAAAUGAAACGCCUAGCUAUUCAGAAGACUCAAAUAUGUAUUCAAAAGACGACGUAUUUGCAACGGCAUAUGCGCACGGUAUUCCAAUUAUGCAGAACAAUAUGUCAGCUGAUCUAACAAAUUGUGUGAAUAGUGGUAGUCAAGUUGGUGGUAAGAAAUUGCCAACGGACGUUCGUGUUAAUUGUGUUACGACCGCCACCGUGGAUAAAAACAAAGGUGUCGAAAUAAAAGGUAGUGAACGUUUUAAGGUUGUCAAAAUCGAAAGUAUUGAACCGUUUAAACGUGGCCGCUGGACGUGCAUGGAUUAUUUGGAUCAAUCGGCGAAACAAGUGCAAAUGAAUUUUGGUGGUAAUGGUAAAACGGUUGCAACGAAUGACAGUGGCGUUGUGCUUACCGAAACAUAUUCAGAUGCAACGACAACAACAAAACAAAAGAAACAAGGCAAAACGGUACAAACGGAUAUUUUGCCAAAUCAAAAUCAAAAUACGGUGCCAGCCGCUGCUCAUUUAAUUUCUGGCCAAAGUGCACCGUGUGCAGCAACACCGAACAUAACGAAUGAAAAUACGUCACCGGGUCAAACAUUGCAACAACCAUUGCAAAAUAAUUUUGUUGUGAAUAAUCAAAAUAUUCAGGCAGCGCCUGUUCUACAACAACCAAAUAAUUUGCAACAAGAAGUUCACCAACAACAACAACAACAACAGCCACCACAACAGCAACAGCCACAACAGCAACAGCCACAACAGCAACAGCCACAACAGCCACAACAGCAGCAACCGCAGCAACAACAACAGCCACAACAACAUCAAACACAACCUGUGAACUCUUUUCAUCACCCAGUCGGUGCACAUAAUGUGCAACAAGGCCAAAGCCUACCACCCCAAAUAAUGUCACAUGUAAUACCUCAAAUGCAACAAAAUCAUCAAAUCCAAGGCACACAAAACGCUGUACCACAUCAAAUGGCUGUUUCACAUGGACAAUUACCAAACUUCCAACAGCAACAACAACAACCGCCACCACAGCAACAGCAACAACAAUAUUCAAAUACGUCAAUGGGCGGCAGUCAAAGUGCCCACAAUACACAAACAAUUCCAAUGCAACAAAUUCACGAAAUUCAUCAAUACCAACAACAAUAUCAAAAUAAUCUACAAAAUCAACAGCAACAAGCUGCCCAGCAAUACUAUAGCCAAAUAGCCACAGCCGAUAACACAAACAAUGUAUACCAAAAGCAGUCUCAACCAUUGCAACAACAACAACAACAGCAGCAACCACAAUAUCCAGCGCAAAUGCAACAAUUCUCUGGUCAAUACCAACAGCAAAUCCCAACAAAUCAACAACAAUUUCAAUCACAACCGGCCAUGCCAACGGCCCAACAAAUGCAAAUGCAAACACAACAGCCACAAGUUAGCUAUCCACAUGGUCAAACUCUACCAGCAAAUGCAUUGCAGGGAAUUGUAACGACUGGAACUCAUAUGGCUGGUCUUCCCAUCACAUCACAAAUACCCCCGACAAUGGUGAAUGUGUCACAUCAACAAGCUAUGAGCAUGGGCCAUUUACCAAACAACAUUGAACUGAAUAUGAAUAUGCCGCCGUCUGGAAUGAAUCCAAUGGCUGUCAAUCACUCUGGAUUUAUUCCACAGCAGCAGCCCGUUCCACAUUCACAGCAACAAGCCCAAAUGCAUUCACAGCCAGCGUCCGUUAGCAGUUCAAUGCAUAUUCAGCCAACAAAUCAAAGUUAUGCAAACCAAAAUCAAACGAUAAACGCCAGUAACGUUGCUGCCGUGCCAUAUUCGAUAGCAAUGCAAGCAACGCAUGAUACAAGCGUCUUGCAACAGGCAACCAGUCAAAUGAAUAAUGUAAAUCUUCAGACGAAUUAUGCGAACUCAACAACGAUACCCACACAACCCACGACAAUUGUUCAACAAACCCAACCCGUUCUAGUGCAACCAAUUCAAGCAACAGUCGUUACAAAUCCGAACCGAAAUAAUGUGAUAUACAGUGAAGCAGGAACAGCUGCGCAAAAUCUAAGUAACGUGAUUACAUCGUCUUCAUCGACAAUUGCGCCAGUUGUAAGCAACGCGAACAAUGUAAAUGCGAAUAUAUCGGUCGCGAAUGCGAAUACGAACAAUGACCCAGACACGGUUUCUGUUGAUGGACCAACAAAAAUGCCAGUAGUCAACGCAACUGCAGCAGCCACCGAUGACGGGCAAUCGGUCGACGAGAGUGAAAGCAGUAAUUCGAAUGAGAUAGAAUCUCAAUUCUUUGUUCUACCGUUAAAUGAAAUCACAUUAGAACCGAGAGAAAAUGUUUAUACAAAUAUGGUAAUACAAAAUCCAUUAGAAAUUCCCACAAAUUUAGCAACAGUCACAAAUGCAGCAAAUGAAUUGCCACCAUACACUAAUUAUGUUGCACAAAGUAUGGAUUAUAAUAUGUAUCGAUCAGGCUCUCAACCAUUGCCAUCAUCAUCGUAUACAACACAAUCGUUAACAACCCCAAUAAAAGGUAUCAUUCCAAGAUUGCAACGCGAAGAAUCGGAAUGUAUUCCAAUACCUGGUCGCGCACAAAGUCAUGAUGAUAUUCGUAUGAUAGGCAGUGGCAGCGGUUAUAAUUCACCGAUUUCGAAUUAUUGCAUUAGCCCGAAUAGUCCACGCGGACAAUAUAUGUAUGGUUGUUCGCCGGUCGGAAUGAACGCAUCACCACCGAUCAAUUACAAUAAUUCGUAUCUUUCGACAAGAGGUGGUCUCACCGUUGCACGUCGUGCACUCAGUCGAGCCACAUCACCACUGUCAAGCAGUGUACCAAGCAACACCUACAUCACCAAUGCACAAAAAUUCAGUUCCAGUUCAAACAACCGAAACAUUGCUGCCAGUAGUAACAAUUGCAGCAGCGCUUCUGGAACCAGUGCAGUUGCAAUUGACAAUAAGAUCGAACAAGCAAUGGAUCUUGUAAAAUCGCAUUUAAUGUUCGCUGUGCGCGAAGAAGUCGAAGUACUCAAGGAGAAAAUAUCCGAAUUGAUGGAUCGGAUAAAUCAGCUUGAAGUUGAAAAUACGAUAUUGAAGGCGAAUGCAUCGCAAGAGACUUUAACAAAAUUGACAACGGCCGCACCAACCAAAACAACACAUACUGCGACCAACUCAAACCCAUCAAAUGGACCAAUUUCAUAAGCCGUGUUCAUAGCACAAAUGCACAAUAUCAUAAACAUACUCUCACACGAAAACAAUGGGACAAACAAUUCUUAAUUGAUGCGCCAAAUCAACAAAAAAAUAUCUAUAUAUAAAUAUGCGCUUUCGUCGUUUUUCCCCUUUCUCUUCGCCGAAAAAUAUCUAUCAAAAUGAAUGAAUGAGAAAUGAUUUAUCGCAAAUUGUACUAGAAAAAUCCAAACACACCAUUUGCAAACAAUGUUAACGAAUGCUCGACUUAGAAAAAUGAUCACUGCUUUCGAUUGAAUUGCGAACGUUGAGAUUUUAAUUUGCAUCAGCGGAACAAAACCACCAUCAUCAUCAUGAGAAUUAUAUUUUUUUAAGUUUUUCGGCUUUUUUUGGUGCAACAAAAGAAUAUUUGCGAUAACAUAACAAAAAAACAACACAUUUGCUUUUGUAUCAUUCACAACUGAAAACAUUCGCAUAUCCAUUGAAGCAACAUAGGCAUUGAAUGAACAAGCAAAUAUAUUUGAUAAUUUUUUUUUGUGAUAAUUUCUCCAACAAAAAUUGAAGAUUUUUAAAUGAACACGGCUGGACUUUGAUGAUGCCAGAGACAAAAAGACAUACACACAAACACAUUCACACAACAGUUCUCGACUAACAGGACGUGUGAUAAGCAGAAGAUAGGGAAAAUCUUUUGUGGUCGCCAAUUUUUUUUGUUCGGCUGGGUGUUUCACAUGCACACGCACACACACACACACACACAGCAGUGUUGGAUGUGCAGCAAAAAUUUAUACAUGGACGAUAUGUGGAUGACAUGAAUUCAGCUGCCACAAUCGAUCAGCAACAUUAUGCAGAAUACGUUCAACGUCUGACAAAAAGAUGGGAACGAUUCUAUUUUGCAAAUAAGAACCAACAAAAUGAUUAAAUAAAAAUGAACAUAAAUGAGAAAAAAAAAACAAUAUUUGAUUUGUAAAUUAUGAAAAUCCAAGAUAUAAAAAAAGAAACAAUAUAUUUAAUUGAGAUUGUAUUGUGAACACCUGAUCGACGUGUUAGACUGCAAUAAUAUAAAAUGUUGAUAGUUUAAUUACUACUAAAAACUUUCGCAAUAAGAUUCAAUAACUUAUUAUUUAAAAUGUAUAAUGAUAUUAAGAUUGAGAGCUAAUAGAAAGGAACCACAUCCGAAAAAAAUACAACAAAAUAAUAAAAAAAAAAAUUGAACAAACUACAUAAAAUGAACUGUAAUUCAUAUUAAAUAUAAUAUUACUACCAUUUUCUGACGAAUCUGACACAGUCUUACACACUCAAGCAGCAAAUAAUAUUGUAAAACUUUUAUGAAAACAAACAAAUAAGCAAAAUAAUAAUAGCACAUUCAUGCAAAUUUAAAAAAUCAUUUUUUUUUCUCUGUCCGAAGUCAUUAAAAAAAGAAUGAAGAAAAAAACAACACAUACAUAGAUUUAAUUUCUGUUAAAAUACUAUAUGUUACUGAUAAAUUAAUACUAUUUGAAAAAAAAAGAACAUAUUCUUUGUGAUGCAUUAGAAGUCAAUAAAAAAAUGAAGAAAAAAUCUGUAAAAAAUAUAUAUGUCUAUCUAAAAGUCCAAUCAGA